AGUUCGAUUGCGGCGCGCUGGUUCCUUGGCUCUGUGUGGUCCUGCACUGUCUUGUGUCGGGUUUUGGCGCCACGAACUUUGAGUCCCUCAACCUCGAGAAACAUGGCGCCAGUGUCCAGCGGAGACAGCGGCGAGCAGCACGAUGCAUCUGAUUCUGGGAAUUUAGUGGCAUCUCGUUCUCGACGGGAGAAGAGAGAAAAAAAGGGACGUAAAGAAGCAUUGGAACAACUAAAAAAAGCAAAAGCUGGAGAAAAAGUCAAAUAUGAGGUGGAAGAAAUGUCUAGUAUUUAUGAAGAAGUGGAUGAGGCAGCUUAUUCAAAAAUUGUCCAGGAGCGACAGGAUGAUGACUGGAUAAUUGAUGAUGAUGGAACUGGUUAUGUGGAAGAUGGCAGAGAGAUAUUUGAUGAUGAUCUUGAGGAUGAUGUACGGCCUAGUAAAGGAAAAGAGUCUGCUGGUGCAUCCAAAGACAAGUCAAAUGUGAAAAAGUCAUCUGUAGUUAAACCAAACAAUAUCAAGUCAAUGUUUGCCAGUGCUGGGAAAAAAAAUGCCGAUAAAACUGUAGAUCUAUCAAAAGAUGAAUUGCUGGGUGACUUACUUCAGGAUUUAAAAUCCCAGGGCUCUCAAAUAGCUCCUCCUCCUGUUAUUACACUAAAGAAGAAGAGACCUUCUGGGGCAUCCCUUAAUCCUUUUUCUGUGCCAAGUUCACAUUCUCCGGUGUCCCCUGCAAGCUUUAGGAAACCUCCAGUUGUGGUAAAGUUCGAGAAUCCACCAUCAUCUGCUCAGUGUAAAAUGCCCAGUUCUUCUAAAACGGUGCAAAUUAACAGGAAACCCGCUUCAGAUGUUGGCCGAAGUAUGCCUAGAAAUGGUAGCGCGGUGAAAACGGAACAGAUUUCAGCAGAGGAGGAGCAGACCAUGCUUGAAUUUGAUGAUGGCGAUUUCGAUGAACCCAUGGAGGAGGACAAUGUUGCGGUAGCACUUCAGAGCACAGAUGAAAUUAAAGAAGAUGAUGCAAAAUGCAAGAUUGUGAAAAAGGAGGAUACUAUGGUUGAAGAACAUUUGCACAUAAACACUAUUUCUUCAAAGGAAUCUUGUUGGGGCCAAAUACCAGAUGAUGAAGGUGAACCUGUGUCAGAGGUUCAAGUGGACUCAUCUCUCCUUCCUUUAGUAACUGAUAAAGAUGGGGAUAAAGUUUUCAGGUUUUAUUGGUUGGAUGCUUAUGAAGAUCAGUAUAAUCAGCCAGGUGUGGUGUAUUUAUUUGGCAAAGUUUGGAUCGAAUCAGCUAAUACUUACGUUAGCUGCUGCGUGAGCGUGAAAAAUAUUGAAAGGACCAUAUAUCUCUUGCCACGUGAAACUAGGAUGCAACUUUCAUCAGGAAAAGACACUGGAACACCAGUCACUAUGAUGCAUGUAUACCAGGAGUUUAAUGAAUGCAUUGCAGAUAAAUAUAAGAUCAUGAAGUUCAAGUCCAAGAAAGCUGAAAAAAAUUAUGCGUUCGAGAUCCCAGAUGUCCCAGCCAGAUCUGAAUAUUUAGAAGUUAGAUACUCUGCCGAUUUACCCCAACUUCCUCAAGACCUGAAAGGAGAAACCUUUUCACACGUCUUUGGAACUAACACUUCGAGCCUGGAGCUUUUCUUGCUUAGCAGGAAGAUAAAAGGGCCCAGCUGGCUAGAGAUAAAAAACCCACAGCUGAUAAGUCAGCCCAUCAGCUGGUGUAAGAUUGAAGCAAUGGUUCCAAAACCUGACUUUGUGAAUGUUGUCAAGCACCUCUCACCUCCACCCAUUGUUGUUUUAUCUCUCAGCCUUAAAACUAUUCAGAACGCCAAGACUCAUCAAAAUGAGAUUAUUGCUCUUGCAGCUCUUGUUAAUCAUAAAUUUUCUCUUGAUAAAGCUCCACCUCAGCUUCCGUUCCAGACACAUUUUUGUGUCCUCAGCAAACCAAAUGAUUGCAUUUUCCCUUAUGACCAUAAAGAAGCUGUGAAAAGAAAGAAUGCAAACAUUGAGGUUGCACUGGCAGAAAGGACUUUGUUGGGCUUCUUCCUGGCAAAAAUACAUAAAAUUGACCCAGAUGUAAUUGUGGGCCAUGACAUAUACGGUUUUGAUCUUGAAGUUUUGUUACAAAGAAUCAAUGCUUGCAAAGUUCCAUUUUGGUCAAAGAUUGGACGAUUACGGAGAUCUGUAAUGCCAAAGCUUGGGGGUCGGGGCGGCUUUGCAGAAAGAAAUGCAGCCUGCGGUCGCAUUAUCUGUGAUAUUGAGAUAUCUGCAAAGGAAUUAAUUAGGUGUAAAAGCUAUCACUUAACAGAGCUAGUACAUCAUAUUUUGAAAGUCGAGCGUGUUGUAAUCCCGCCUGAGAAUAUUCGUAAUGUGUACAGUGACUCCUCAAAUCUUCUCUACAUGCUGGAGAACACGUGGACAGAUGCAAAAUACAUACUGCAGAUCAUGUGUGAACUUAAUGUUCUUCCCCUGGCUUUACAGAUCACAAAUAUUGCAGGCAAUGUUAUGUCAAGGACCCUGAUGGGUGGACGAUCGGAACGAAAUGAGUACCUUUUGCUUCAUGCCUUCCAUGAAAAUGAUUACUUGGUACCAGAUAAGCAAACUUUCAAGAGGAAUCAGCAAUUUUUGGUUGAAGAUGACAAUGAUAUGGACGUGGAUCAAAACAAAAACAAGAAGGUACGAAAGAAGGCUGCUUAUGCUGGUGGUUUGGUCCUGGAUCCCAAAGUUGGUUUCUAUGACAAAUUCAUUUUGCUUCUGGAUUUUAACAGUUUGUACCCCUCCAUCAUCCAGGAAUACAAUAUCUGCUUUACAACAGUACAAAGGGUGGCAUACAAUUCUCAGAAGCCAAAAGAGAAUGAGGAUCAAGAUGAAAUUCCAGAGCUUCCUCAUCUGGAUCUAGAAAUGGGAAUCUUGCCUCGGGAGAUCCGGAAACUGGUUGAGAGAAGACGUCACGUCAAGCAAUUGAUGAAGCAGCCAGACCUCAAUCCUGACUUAUACUUGCAGUAUGACAUACGGCAGAAGGCUCUGAAGCUCACUGCUAACAGCAUGUACGGGUGUUUGGGAUUUUCUUACAGCAGAUUCUAUGCAAAGCCUCUGGCUGCAUUAGUCACCCAUCAAGGUCGAGAGAUUCUGCUGCAUACCAAAGAGAUGGUACAGAAGAUGAAUCUUGAAGUGAUCUAUGGUGAUACCGAUUCCAUCAUGAUCAACACUAACUGUAACAAUUUGGAAGAAGUUUUUAAGCUUGGAAACAAGGUUAAAAGUGAGAUAAACAAAUCUUACAAACUGCUGGAGAUUGAUAUAGACGGCGUCUUUAAAUCUCUUCUACUUCUGAAGAAGAAGAAAUAUGCAGCUCUCACUGUGGAGCCCACUGGGGAUGGAAAAUAUGUAACUAAGCAGGAGCUCAAAGGUCUUGAUAUUGUCAGAAGGGACUGGUGUGAACUUGCUAAGCUAGCUGGAAAUUAUGUUAUCAGCCAGAUUCUGUCUGACCUGCCUCGUGAUACCAUAGUGGAAAACAUUCAGAAGAAGCUGACUGAAAUUGGCGAAAAUGUGACAAGUGGCAGUGUUCCUAUCAGCCAGUUUGAAAUUAAUAAGGCACUGACAAAGGAUCCACAGGACUACCCUGACAAAAAAAGUUUGCCACACGUCCAUGUUGCUCUUUGGAUUAAUUCCCAAGGUGGAAGGAAGGUGAAAGCUGGGGAUACCAUCUCUUAUGUUAUUUGUCAGGAUGGAUCAAAUCUUAGUGCCAGCCAGAGAGCAUAUGCUCCGGAGCAGCUGCAAAAACAAGACAACCUUUCCAUUGACACACAAUACUACCUGUCACAACAAGUCCACCCCGUGGUUUCUCGUAUCUGUGAGCCCAUAGACGGAAUUGACUCUUCGCUUAUUGCUGCAUGGUUAGGUCUUGACCCUUCUCAGUUUCGUGUUCACCAACAUCAUCAGAAAGAUGAAGAAAAUGAUGCUUUGCUGGGAGGUCCUACUCAACUUACUGAUGAAGAGAAAUAUAGAGAUUGUGAAAGAUUCAGAUGUGCCUGCCCAAAAUGUGGAACCGAGAACAUUUAUGAUAAUGCUUUUGAUGGAUCGGGUCUUCAAAUUGAACCUAGUCUGAGACGGUGUAGUAAACCAGAGUGUGACACUUCUCCUUUGGAUAAUGUUGUUCAUUUACAAAAUAAGCUGAUCUUGGAUAUAAGACGCCACAUAAAGAAAUACUACACUGGUUGGCUUGUAUGUGAAGAACAAACUUGCCAAAACAGGACACGUCGCAUUCCUCUGAGUUUCUCCCGCAAUGGUCCAAUUUGCCCAGCCUGCAUAAAAGCUACUCUUCGAUCUGAGUAUCCAGAAAAGGCCUUGUACACUCAGCUGUGUUUCUAUCGAUUCAUCUUUGACUGGGAUUAUGCACUGGAGAAAGUUGUUUCUGAGCAAGAAAAAAAUGUCUUAAAGAAACACUUUCACGAUGCUGAAAUGUUGUACAAGAAAUUAAAAGGCACAGUAGACAAAGUACUUUCAGGGAGUGGAUACUCUGAAGUGAACCUCAGCAAGCUGUUUCAGACACUCUCCACAUUAAGCUAGAGCUACAGAUUCACCGCAGGUUUUAUUGUAAAUCUGGAUGGGAGUUUUUGGUUGAACUGGUAUCAAAACAAAAUAUAACUGUUCUAUACACAAUCUAGAACUUGAGUUUGAUUUAUUUAUAGUACAAGUAUGUAAAGAGAUUUUAGGGACUAGCAUUUACAAGUGCUAACAUGCUUUGAAACUUAAAUAAUUGCAAUAGAUGUUGAUCACUUGUCUCUUUUUGUGAUUUCACUUGAAAAGGUGUUUUUUUUUGUUUUUGUUUUUUGAUAGUGAACAUGAUCCCUUUGUUUAAACUGAUGCAUUUGACACCAUGUUGAGAUUUUCACUUGUACACAGUUGUCCAUGGAGACCUAGGAGAUAAAAGGAUUGCUACUUUAAUUGAAUAAUUCCCAGUGAGAGUGGCUGCAAUGUAAGCGAUCCUAGACUUUUCUGUAGGUUAUUUAGUUGAGGUGCUUUCAGGAAGCGGGGUUAGACAAGGUCACAGCAGGAGCACUAAUGUUUUGCCUUUUCACAGUUUAUCUGCUUCCUAUCACAAACAUACUAAUUAAUAAAAUGACUGAAUCUGAAUGUUUUCUACAGCUUUUAUGUCUGAAACUUGUGAGUGUAGCAAACUCCAGUAGGAAAUGUUAUUUCUCCAUAUUCCUUGUCGUACAAUAUAAUGAAGAUUAAUUGUUCUCCUGUCAUGUUGCAUAGUUUUCUCAAAACAAUUCUGUAUUUUUAAAUGUUUUGUUUUUUCUUUUCUCAAGAUUGGUUCAUUUUUGAAAACGUUUUUAAUGCUGAAAGGUAUUGCAAUGUAAAAAUGGAAUCAGAUGUUUGCUAUUGCAUUGUAAAAUUGCUCUCUUCAUAUAAAUAUUGAAGAUACUUUUUAUACCGAAUGAAUAAUAAAAUAAAGCUGUUUUCUGAAA